GCACCACUACAGUGUUGGGCAACGGUGCAGCUGCCAGCUGUGCCGGCAAAACAAAAACACACUUUACGCGAAGUUUCUUGAAUAUUCCACGACUUUAUUGGAAUUUGUCAAGUGUCCGGAUGAGCCACAUCAACCAUGGAAGACAGAAACGAAGAGAUUGAACCCUGCCGCAGUAUAGGGCCCCACGAGCUGGACGUGGUCAAGAGCCAGGCGGUGAUCAAGCUGUCGCCCGUCCCACUCCCCGCGCACUUCAAGCGGCUGGAGUGCAACACGAACCUUAAUCUGCCGCCGCUCAACUGGCUGACCACGUCUCACAGCAGCCACGGACUGCACCAGGCGCUGUACCAGAGCGCAGGCUUCGCCAGCUUUCGGCUGGGCCAGAUGUUCCCCGACUGCGUGGGCGAGGUGGACGUGGUGAGCGACGCGGAGAAUAUUAAGCAGCUGCUGAAACUGCCUUACAGUGCCCAGAGUGCCAUCAGUAUGGUGGUGCACAAGGUGGGCAACACGUUGCUCCUCGACGAGUUCGACAUCCAAAAGUAUUUGCUACGCAAGGCGGACGACGACUGGAAGUGGCUCCGCACCUUCAUCCUGGAGCACAUACUGACCUACGGCGACACGCAGCACAACUACUGCCUAAAGGAGCGAUCGCGCGAGGCGCUGCAGACGAAAAACCUCCUCUCCAAGUUCCUGUAUCACAGCUUAAAGCAAACUGGCGAGGAGCUAGACUACGAUGUGGCCACCACGCCCACGCAACUGACUAGCAGGAGGCAGGGACUGCCCAUCACGGGACCCGUUCUGCCCGAGCCCAAGAUCGAGGAGAACGUGCCGGACCCCAAGUCCAGCCAUGCCUUUAAUAGGAACGUGGUGUGGACCUUCGAGGACAUACGCAUGCUGAUCGGCACCGAUAUGCCCAUCUUCGGCGGACCCAACAGGCCGUGCAUCAGCCUGCGCUUAAGGGACGCCGCCCAGCCCAUCAACGUGCUGACCGGCAUAGACUAUUGGCUGGAUAACCUCAUGUGCAACGUACCGGAGGUGGUGAUGUGCUACCAUUUAGACGGCAUUGUGCAGAAGUACGAGAUCAUUAAGACUGAGGAUCUGCCCUACCUGGAGAACUCGCAGUUCUCGCCGCAGGUGGUCCGCAACGUGGCCCAGAAUAUCCUGGCCUUCCUAAAGGCCAACGCCACCAAGGCGGGCCACACCUACUGGCUGUUCAAGGGGCGCAACGACGACGUGGUCAAGCUGUAUGACCUCACCACUCUCUGCCAGAGUCAGAGCCAGACAGCGGAGAAGUCCGAGGGUGAUCCGCCGCAGCAGCAGGUUAAUCCCUUCACCGUGCCCGUUGGCAUGCUGCUGUACUCGGUGGCGCGGAACAUGAAGAACACGCUGCCGCGCAUCAGUCCCAAGGCCGCUGGCAACAUACGCGCCCUUCUGGACAACUGCAUCAAGCUGCUGCCGAAGGAGCAAUAUCCGCAGAUCGUAAGCUCCUCGCACUACAUCCUGUCGGACCUCCAUGUGCCAGCGGGAAUAGAUCCCAAGGCGCCCAAGUUCGAGGAGGAUUCUGACGACCAGUCCCUAUAUGACGACGACGAAGAGGACGAGGAGGAUGACUAUGAGGACGAUCUUCUCAACUGCGACUAUCCCAGUGAGAAGAGUUACCAAAGCAGCGAGCAGGGCGGCGGACGGGCCAACGUGGCUGUCCGCCACAUCUGUGACGCCCUCAGGGACUUCAAGUCGCACGCCAAAAAGGCCAAGCCAGCCCCGCUCCUGGCCACGACUGCCGAACGAUGCAGCAUAUCGUUGGAGCACAUCAGCUCGGGGCUUUCGUGCCUGCAGUACUUCAAUGGCAGCCAGGAGGAGAAGCUCAAGGAGUCGGAGACGCAUGCCAAGCAGGAGGAGAAGCAGCGCAUCCUGCACGAGGAGCAGAAUCCCAAUAUGGCCAAGCCCUUCAGUGCCAUCCCGCUGCCCUACGAGCAGCUGAAGCUGACUCAGCAACAGGCGGUGCCGGCGCUGAAGAAACCAAGCUCCAAAGCCAAACGGAGCAAGUCCAAGGAACUGGCCACCACAGCCAAAACCAAAUCCUCGACUGCCAGCAAUCGGCAGUUGAGUGCCAAGUUCAACACCCAGCACUUUGGCUCCUGGAACGUGCACCUCAAGCUGCUUCUGCUGGAGAAGGCCUGCCUGACGUUUGCCACCCUGGCGGAACAGCACUACGAGUCGCGCCACUACGGCUCCACGCUGCGCUUCAUUGAGCUGGCCUGCCGGUGCCAGCAGGUGCUCAACAAGUACAUGGCCAAUGUGGUCUCCCAGUACAGUUGCCUGCUGGGCCGGGCUGGCGAUUGCUUCUUUCAAAUGUCCAAGCACUGGGAGGCCAUCGAGGAGUACGAACAGCAGUACGAGGAGCAGGAUAAAUCCGUGGGCGUUAUUAACGACGAGUUGUCGCAAGAGCUGGAGGGAGAGGAGGAAGAGCUGCCCACUCUGGCCCCGGUCAAGAACGUGGAGCAGGUGAUGCUGCACAGCUGCAAGUGCUACGAGCUGGCCCUGGAGCACGCCCAAAAGGCGGAGAGCAACGAACUGCUACGGAGACUGGGAAACGUUAGGAACGAGCUGGGCCUGAAGUACAUGUACUGGGCGCAGGAGGAAUACAGCGAUGUGAUGAAGCAGAAGGAGUCUGUCAAGGCUGCAGGAGAUACCAAGCUGGAGGACACACAGAGCUCUGAAUCCGUCGAUCCGCUCUACGUGAAACUGACUGUCAAUUCCUAUGACUGCCUGCGUCGUGGCAUCGAUGCCUUCACUGCCGUUCAGGACAAUGUAAAUCUGGCUUUUCUCUACUGCAACAUGGGCAGGUUCAUGCGCCUGCGGGCCCAUCUCACCAUGCCAAAUGAGAGCGCCAUCGCCUUGGACACCCAAAAAGCAUUUUACAACGAGGCCUUCAACUACUAUGAGAAGGCCAAGGACUGCCUGGACACAAGGAAGGCCAACGCCGAGCUAUGGGACCUUGUCCACUGGGAACUCUCCACUGCCACCUUCACUUUGGCGAAACAGUUGCAGGACUACAGUGCAGCUGACAUGACCAGCCUGGCGGAGGCAUCCAAAGAAGUACUGGAACUAUUGCAGAAAUCCCUGAAACUCUGUGAUGUGGAGCACCCGGGGGCUCGCCAAGUGCUGUACAGCUUUAGAUCGGGGCUGAUACACAAGAGAAUUGCCUCCUUUCACUACUCGCAACUUCGUUCCCAUGGCAGCUGUGAGUUUUCUCAACUGCCCAAAGCCACCUUGCAGCUCUGCAAAUAUCACUACGAAAAGGCCACGCAGAUACUGGAGGUCCUCAAGGAAACGGGCGAGUUGCUGGUGGUGCAGCUGGAGCGGAUCUCCCUGCACGAGUUCCUCGCCGAACUUUCCACGCACCCCGCCCAGAAGAUCAAGCAAAUGCAAGCGGCUUUGGACAUUUGCUUGCAGUGCCAUCUCAUUUUUGCUCACGUCAUCGAUGCUAACAGUGGCCAAGCGGCCGACGACGAGUUUGCCGGCCAUUUGACGCUCUUUGAGAGCCGCUUGCAAAACGCUCUGAAGACUCUCACCAAGCUGCUGCUGACCGGCAAGGAUCCCAAGCAGCUGUCCAAGCUGUACAAGCGCAUGUAUAUGGAAACCUUGACUGGGAAACAUGGCACAGGGGCCCAGCAAUCGCCGGCAACUGGCUCAAAGCAUUUGCACACGCUGCUCACCCGGCUGCGCGCCAUGUGCGACGCCCAGCUGGCCAGCGACUAGCCGUCCGUACGUGUCUUCUGAUGGUUUUCGCCCCCCC